AUGGAGCGAAACAAUCCGAGAGUAGCGGAGACGUCAACAUCAAAUGCAGUUAAUGGACUAUUUGGAUUGGUUCGGCAAGGAGAACUCGACCAAACUCUAUUAACUCUCAAGAUUUCUUUCAACUCCAAUGAGUCCGAAGAACAAACAAAAAUUGAUUACUCACCAAAGAAACUUCGAGCCCGAGACAUGGUCUCACCCUUUCGUGUAGGAAGAACAGUCGAUGCGAGAAGACUGUCUGUCAAUGAUUCAUAUCGAGAUGUAGAGAAUAACAUAAGGAGGACUGUGGCAAAACUGAAUGAGUUGUGGGAUCAGAUCCACAUGUCAGAAUCAGCAAGGGUCGCCCGAGUUGGUGUGGCUUUCGGACAUAUCGCAAAGCUACUCAGCGAUAUGGUUACAUCCGAAGAGAAUAUGGUUGCCGCGGUAGGCACAGAUAUCGAGAAUGGACUCAACAAAAUUGAUAGGAUGCGUUCUCAACUGAAAAUGGAACCUUGGGAAAAUACUAAGGCUCCUCCGGGAUCUAUUGAGCUUCUCAAAUCCAUCGAAAAGGAGUUGAAGAAGUUGACGCCACUUUACGAGACUAGGAAGCGAGAGCAGGAUCAGCUACUGGAACAGCUUACACAGUUGUCAAACCGCCUUGGAAUCGAUGACGAGAUCGUCACAAAAAAGGAUGAAGACGACCUACUUUCCGUUGAUAAGGUUCGUAUGCUAGAAGCACGCCGUCUCAAGUUGGAUGACAUGCUGCAGAAGAGAAUACGUCAAGCUUCGCAAUGGCAGGCGGAUAUGUUGAAAUUUUCACGUAAAGUUGGCAGCUCAGUGGAUCCGGAUGACGAAAACUUGCAGGUCAUCCUCAAGCUCGAUUUUACCAAGGAAGAUGUCUGCUUGUCCGAAACUAUGAUGGGUAGUAUCGAAACUUAUCAUGCCCAGUUGAAAGAAAUGUAUUGCGAGCAUGUGCAAGAGAAGGAGUUCCGUUGGACUGAAUUGCACGCUCAGCUGACCGAACUGUGGGACCACUGUCAUGUGGCAGAUAUCGAACGAACUAUCCCGGCUUCCUAUGAUCCAGAGAGCCACACUGAAAAAGACUUCGAAGAGAUGUCAAAUGAAAUAUGUCGAUUGGAAUGCUUGUAUGAAGCUCGGAAGGAAGUCUGUGAUGUUCUGACAAAAUGGAAGGACAAAUGGGCCGAAAAAAUAGCAAUUGAAGAGAAGAAAAAGAAUGUGGAUUAUUUUCAGAAUCGUGGAAGAGAGAAUAAUGUGUUCUUGGAUGCAAAGAUUGAACGAACCCUGAAUGAGUUUACAUUGCCAAAGCUGCUAAAAUCUCUGAUAACUGCAUAUGACAAUUAUCGCGAAACUCAUCCCGAUGAUGACAUAAGAGUGGAAGGUUUUACACCGCCAGAUUAUGUGAAAUGGGUAAUCGAUGAGUAUAAUGCUAGUAAGGAACUCGAGCGCAAAUCCAGACAGCUACAGCGAAAUAUGGUGUCUACAAGUGCGCUGCGCACACCGCAGUCAGCUCGAGGGAAGCUGCCACCAAGGCCAGUAAGCUCCUCCAAGCUUGAACCCUUUCGAAAGCGUCUUCGCUACGACUCUUCUCAAUCCACUCUGAGUCCAUGCUUCAACUCCACAACGGCGUCUAUACCUAGCAUGAUUACGCCAACAAAGCGAAUCAAGGGUGGUCCCAAGCAUUCUUCUCCCAAGCAUUCCUCUCCAAAAAUAAGAAUGACAACGGCGAGAUGCGUAUUGGGUUAUUAUCCUUGGAUGCUUAUCAAAUAUGGAUGCUAUUGUGGAUUUGGACAUAUUGGAGACUAUGCUGAACCGGUAGAUGGUCGCGAUGAAUGCUGCAAAAUUCAUGAUGAGUGCUACGGAAACCUGACCAAAAAUAGGAUUUGUCAUUGUGCGCUGCAAGAGUACUUCACUCCUUACAAAAGGGACUGCUACAUGAUGAAAAGUGUAACUUGCAAAGAUUUGAAAGGAACCUGCGGGCGCGGACUAUGCGACUGUGAUGCAGCAGUGGUGGAAUGUUGA